AUGCUCGAAUUCGAAAAAUCAGCAAGCGCUCUUCAUUUGGACGGUUAUGACGUUGCCAUUCAGAGAAAGACCGGUCUUGUUCUGGUUGAGAAUUGUACGGCAUGGCUGUAUCUGCAUCGGCGAGAGGGCUCCUAUGGAACGUGUAAAUCAGCUGUUUUGCGUCUGCUUCAGAGGCUUCGCUCUAUAGAGAAUGAGAUUAGCGAGACAGAGCCAAGCCGUAUCUUCUUCCAAAAUGUCGAACUCCUGGGCAAGGAUAUAAAACAUCUGCUGAAGCUGUUCCAAGAAACCAUCUACCAUGUUGAGGAAUGA